AUGUCCGCUCCAACCCCACAUUCCCCACUUCCAAUAUCUAACACGUCCUCCAAGGGUCCUGCUGCCCAGCCUGAUUCAUCAUCCAAGGGUGGCCAGCCUAAUCCAAAUUUUGCUCCCAAUCAACCACACUUUACACAACCUCCAAACCCCCUCUAUUGGUUUCCCCCUCCUGGCAUCCAUUAUCCACCUUUUCCAAUGCCACCUUAUCAUCAACUACCUACUGCUUACCCACAACCCCCCAACCAUUAUCAACACUUUCACACUUUCAACCGUUAUCAACAAAGUCCUGUGAACACCUUCCUUCCUCAUCACCCUCCUGCAAACACUUCCUAUCCUCCUUACCACCAUCCUGAUGCCUUCCAUUUGAAUCAAUCAAACUCGAUUAACAGUCCUCCCAAGGAUACUCUCACCACUUCUUCUACCGUGACAAUAUCCGGCACUGCAACAGCCGCUCAGUCUCAAAUUUUGGUUUCCACAUCCACCAAUCCCACUAAUUCUCAAGAAACUACGGCUCAACUUAUCAACUCUAGCUUCCCUGGUCCUACUCAAACGGAAACUACUGACACAGUAAUGAUGACUGAUGACCCCGUCAACAACACUGCCAAAGGACAGGAUCUUGUGGCGGCUGUUGAUCUCAUUCAAAACAAAUGUGACACAGAUUGGCCACCAAUUGGUAAGUUUUGA